AUGGGCUCAAAGGGAUCAAAAGGCUCCAACACGGGGCGAAGACCAUCCGAGAAAUCAUCCACAACACAAACAACAGCACCAAACACUAACACGGCAACAACAAACACUAAUACCACCGCUACAACAACUGUUUCAAUUAAUCCUUCUGUAAAUGGCGGAACUGAAAGUACAACUACCGUCAAGAGCAAGGAAAUGUAUGAAAAAGGAAUUGAACACAUUAUGGAAAAACUCAAAAACAAUGAUAUUUACAGAGCAAGGCUCCAAGAUAUUAACAUUAUGAGGCAAUUUGCUGAAGUGUUGGGCACAGAAGAAAAACUUAAAGCAACCUACCUCACCACAAAAUGGCUGGACACAGUAGAACUUGCUCGGAAAAUGUUGCAACAAUCGAAAGGUUUUGAUGAAGAGCACCUCUCAACAAGUGGUGGAAGUAGUAGUAGCGGAAUGAAAUCAAUGGUACCAGCAAGCGUUGAUAAUGAACUCAACCAAAUGAAACAAACUAACACAAACCAAGUUGAAGAGGAUGAUGAUAUUCUGAAUGAGCAAGAUAUUAUCAUUGGUACCAAAGAUCCUAAUUUGAAUAAGAUUCUCGAGCAAAAUACUGUCAAAGUGAAGAUUGUGAUUUCAGAGAUUGCCCGAACAAAGGGAAGAAAAGCUUUCCGAAGAAUGAUGUCACCAAUUCUUAGUAGACUGGAUUUAUUACCAGAGUUGGGAAUGUUUCAUUCUGCUAUUCAAAUAGGACCCUGGCUUAUUGAAUGGAAUAACAGCGCAAUUUGUGUGCCAAGAAAAUGUGUCAGUUCUGCAGCCAUGUUAUCCGCAGAUAUUGAACAAUUACAAACAAAUGAAGAUGUUCGCAAAGUUGUCGAAAAGCUUAGUGCAGUAAUUGUGAAAUGGAAUACAACAAUGCAAUAUAAAGAACGAGACACUGAACCUGGAAAAAGUGGAAAUUGUCAAGACUUUGUGGAUGAUGUACUUCAAAACAUUGGUUUAUCAAGAGAUAAAUUAUCUGAGGGACCACUUGGAGAAUUUCUGAAAAAGCUCAAAACAAAAGGACAAAGUGAUUUGGUAUUCAAAAUGAGUGAUAGCUUUAAGAAAGCUUUCAACUUGGAAGAAAACAAAAAGAAAUUUAAAACUCACAAAGAACUCGAUGAUUUCGUAAACAGUCUCGUCGCAAUUGAUCACAACUUUGAAAAUAAUUAUCGAUAUGAAUGGCUAUUCCUCAAGUCCAUGGAUCGUGCAUUUUGGCUCAAACAUAUCAAAUUUGAGGAUCUAGAAGAAUACAAACCAGCCUCCAAAGAAACGGUUGAUGAAGAUGGAGAUGUUAUCUUUAUUCCUGAUUGUCCCUUCAAAGACCCAAGAGAUACUUAUUCUUUCAUUUAUGAUGAAGAGCAGUAA